AUACCAGAUGAAGACUGGCAAGCAGUCUAUGGUCAGAGAGAGCGACCUUGACAUUGGGUUCGAUAUUUACAGCGAUGGCAGAAGCAAAAGAUCAGCUCUACGAUGCCCCUGUGGUUUCAUGUCCAUCUGUGGAGGAGUUGACCAAAAUAUCGGAGGAGAUGAGACUAAAAUGCUCAGCAGAAGAUAUUGAAACUAUACUAGGUCAGUUCAAGUCCACAGUGCCUGCGUUCCAGCGUGUAUCCCAUCUUCAGCAGCCUUCACUUCCAGUCAAGUAUCCUCGCACCCCGGGGUACCAACCCGCAAAGGAUGACAACCCUUUCAAUGCAUGGUACUGGCGAUGUGACAUCAAGGGUGCUGAGAAAGGUAAACUGGCUGGUAAAAAGAUCGGAAUCAAGGACAACAUUGCGGUGGCUGGGGUUCCUAUGAUGAAUGGAAGUAGGAUUCUGGAAGGAUACACACCUGAGUAUGAUGCCACUGUGGUCACCAGGAUUCUGGAUGCAGGUGGGCAUAUUUUGGGAAAGACGAACUGCGAGCACCUGUCUUUAAGUGGAGGAAGUUUUACCUGCGACAAUGGUCCUGUGAGAAAUCCCCAUGAUGAGACGAGGAACACAGGGGGCUCCAGCUCUGGCAGUGGAGCCCUGGUUGCAGCAGGUCAGCUGGACAUGGCUCUAGGGGGAGACCAGGGAGGCUCUAUCAGGAUCCCAGCCAGCUGGUGUGGCAUUGUGGGACUGAAGCCGACACAUGGACUGGUUCCUUACACUGGGGCCAUGCCCAUUGAAAUCACCAUGGACCAUCUUGGACCAAUGACCAAAACAGUGUUUGAUUGUGCCUUGAUGCUGGAGGUGCUUGCUGGUUAUGACGAUGGCCGGGACCCAAGACAACUGCCCCAUAUAACUGUUCCAGAAUACACAAAAGAGCUUGAGUCUGGCAUCUCCGGCAAGAAGAUCGGCGUGUUGAAGGAAGGGUUUGACGUGUGUACGGAGCCUGACGUGGUGGAGAUAGUGAGGAGAGAAGUGGAUAGACUGAAGAAAGCAGGGGCGGAGGUGGAGGAAGUAUCACUGCCCACUCACUUGGAUGGUCCUGCCAUCUGGAAUGCAGUCAUCCUUCAAGGGGCCUACAACUGUAUGGUAAAAGGGAAUGGAAAUGGACUCUUCUGGAAAGGGUUUUAUGGAGUUUCCCUCCAAGAGGCGGUGUCGAGAGGCUUGUACACGAGGCCCCAGGACAUGUCCGGAAUUCUGAAGUCGUUCUGUCUGAUGGCUGAGUACAUGGACAGAAAGUACGAGAACAAGUUCUACGCCCAGGGACAGAACCUCACCAUGAUGCUGACCAGAGCUUAUGACAGUGUUCUGGCAAAGUAUGAUGUUCUGGUGAUGCCAACACUGCCCUAUAAGGCAUCGAAGAUUCCGUCAUCUGAUUCUACACUGAAAGAGCAGCUGGAGGUGGGACUCACAAUGAUCACAAACACCUGCCCUUUCGACAGCACCGGUCAUCCCGCACUCUCCAUCAACGCCGGCUUCAGCGAGGGGCUCCCCAUUGGGAUGAUGAUUGUGGGCCGUCACUAUGACGAGACGACCAUUCUCAAGGUUGCCCGCGCCUAUGAGAAAAUUCGAGACACAAAAUGAGGUCGUGCCGUGAAAAAUGAGAUGAGAUCAUGAAAACGUGAUGUUGAUCAAGUGGUAAAUUUUGGAAUCUCAUCUCUUCACUUAUAGUAGAUAAUUGGAACCAAAUUAUGAUACGUAUCUCACUGAAAUGUUACUUCAUCAGAAAAUAAUGGCAAAAGGUUAUCAGGCUAAUAGUGUCAAGUUUUUCGCACAGCCUGCAUAUAAUAGGUAUUUGUGUUGUUUCCCCCGAACUCAGUGUGUCUACGUCUCUAUGCUGUCAGGCGUAAGGUGUGUGAAGUUUCAUUGUGGAGAAGGUCCACAAUGUCUCCUCAACACCCCUCCUCGAUAACCCUCAGGAAACUUUGAACUUGCCUUCGAAUAGACUACACAAGACUACAGUUUGACAAGACUACAGUAGAAUAGAGUUUGACUUGAGUAGGCUUUGACUAGACUAGCCUUAUAACAUUGGUAUUGUACUUAUCCUGAUAAUGGGAUUGAGAAAUGGUAGAAUGUAGGGCUGUGACGAGUCCAAAUUUUCUACCCGGGUACCAACACCCCUAUUACCCGACCUUACCCGCUGUUGGUGUCAAGAGAUAGGUACCAAAUGUCCGAUUAGGAAUAGUUUGACAGUGGCACUGGCAGAAUGUAUCUAGAUACACGUAUAAAACAGUGUGGUCAUGCUUACACUGAAGUUGACUGAUGUUUUAGCUUUGUUCAAACAUAUAUAAGACAGAAGGAACGUGUUCAUAGUCAUGAAGAAAUGCGAACAUUAGAGACUUGAAAUCCUGUGGUUGUUUACCCUGUCCCAUUAGUCAUUCACUGGCUUCCAAUCAUCUUAAUCAGCUCUCUGUGUCCAUCUAUCAGUUUACUGUAUAAACAUUGAUGUUAGUAAGUAUAUAUACCUAUGUUGUCAAGUACUAUCCAUCACUUGCUUGAUAAAGGUUUUAGGAUCGCACCAAUUGUAAUAAAGAAGUUGUUCAUCCAUAGAACUUGUCUUUCUUUAGACUUGAAAUUGUCGUGUAACCAUGUAGAUAUUGUGAGAUUGUGGCAGAACUGUCUUGUCUUUAGUGGGUUGUGUACUGGUCUUUGUAUCCCUGCUGAGUGUUACCUUUUAGCUCACCUGAAGUGAACUUAUGUCACGGCCUGCAUGUCAUGCAUUCUUUCCCGUCUGCAUCAGAGUUUGUAGUCAUCUUCUCCUCUCCCAAGAAUCACAGAUGCUGAAACUUGACACACUGUUUCAAACCAAUGAUGGAACCUGAAUAUUUUCACAAGGUUUCAAUCUGUUUUCCAAAAUGCCUGCCAUGGCCAGAAAGCAUACACAGGAUCAGAGUUAAAACUUCAUUUAUGUAAAUUUAUACAAUGUUACGUAUCAUGUUCAUUGUUGAUGAUUGAGAAAUGUUGACAUGUGAUAUUUUUUACAUAUUUGUCAAUACUUUCAUCCUCAAUAUUAUACGGAAAACGCUGACAGCACACAUUCUUAUAUGGCUGUCUUUGUUGACAUUUUAAACUGUUUACAAGUUAACCAGGAGAGCUACAGUACCUUGGCACUACAUACAUUUUUAUCAUAAUAUACCAAGUUUAAACAUUAGUUUAAGAUUAGAGAUUUCAUGUAUAGAUAUAGUCAGAAUCGUCCAGUGGAGUCUUCUUUGAGCAGAGAAUUGUUAUGAUUGUGAUUUCUUAUGAUUAUGGGGGGCAGUUGGUUAGCCUUGUGGUUAAAGCGUUUGCUUGUCACGCCGAACACCCAGGUUUGAUUCACCACGAGGGUACAAUGUGUGAAGCCCAUUUUCCUUUGUCCCU